CAUCCCAUCACCCACAACGGGCAGACGUGUCCCUCUUCCGAACACUUUCCCCGGAGGACUUGUUGAGUGUUUCGUCAGCGGUGGGAUGUCCCAUCUACCUGCAAUCGUACCCCCUCUUAAUUGGUUCUGGUGACUGACUGUUUUGUUUAUCGUGUUCUUGGCCUGAUUGCAGCAGUUCCCUUCUUGUUGUGUCCCGUCUUUAGUGAUAAGAAGUAAUUGCCUAAUGAGUCAGUGAAAAUCGAUAGUUCAAGGUAGUGAGUUUGUAGAGCAACCUGAAAAGCCGGGGGUUAACCUUCCAAACACGCACUCUACACGACAGCUGUAGCGAAAAAGAAAAACGGGGAGUUUAAAUAUUGAUGAGUAGUGGAUUGAUUGGAUUGGAUUGUAGACAAACAGUGUGGCUUACAGCUCCCAGUACGAAUCGAUAGUUUGUUGGUUGACGUAAACACCUGGGUCAUCUGUCCAUCAGUCAACAAAGAACGCUCUUUGUACGAGUUGUGUCCGCAGUGAAGUCGUCCAGUUGGUGCGUGAUGGAGUACGCGAUUAUAGUUUGGACACAGAGGUGAAAAGUUCGCAAACCGGCUUCUGGAAGAGUUGAAGACUAGUGGAGCGAUACCGGUGAGAUCGGCGUAGAUCGAACUCGUUGAGCCGUGACCCCCGUGCGGGAGUGCAGUCAAGCGGACAGCAGGAUUCGGUUUGCUGAAUUUGUUGGAUAUCCGGACGGGGCGGCGACUGACACGCGAUCACGCCUAGGUCGGUUGCUCACGUGUGUGUGUUUAUUUUAUUUUGGCGAUCGUGAUCGGAACAAGUUCCACCCACGACAGAAGGACGGGCAUCGACAGGGUCGCGAAUUCAUCGAGUCCACAGCAAUAGCAGCAGAGGCAGCAAUCACAAUUGCCCAGCUCGGCAGUGAAACGGCGCAACCAUGGAGAAGCUGAGGGCGGCCAAGAAGGUCGCUCCGGACGGGGGCUGGGGCUGGGUGGCCACGUUCGGCGUCAGCCUGGUCAACUUGGCCACACGCUCGAUUGAGCCCUCGUUUGGGUUGCUUUUCGGCGAUCUGCUGAGUGACCUGCAGGUCGGCACGACCGGUGCCGCCAUCAUUAUCAGCACGCUGGAUGUGAUGAUGAACUUUUCCGGGCUGUUUGUGGGCCCGCUGCUGAAGGAGUUUUCCUACCGGAAGGUGGCCAUCGCGGGGGCACUGCUUUGCUUUCUGGGCCUUGCGUUGACCUCGCCGGCCACCAGUAUGGCGCACAUUUUGGCCACGUACAGUGUGAUAAACGGAAUCGGCGUCGGCCUAGCCACGUCGGCCGCCUUCGUCGCGCUAAACCACUACUUUGCCAAAAAGCGCGGCCAAGCCGUCGGCCUGUCGAUGGCCGGAACGGCCCUCGGAAUGCUGAUCAUGCCCCAGCUGGUGCGCUUCCUGCUGGAGACGUACGACUUCCGAGGUGCCGUUCUGCUGCUCAGUGGGCUCGCUUUGCACGCCGCCGUCGGAGCAACGCUGCUGCAGCCCAUCAAGUGGCACUUGGUGGAGGAGGAAGUGGACAUCGAGCUGGUGGAGGCGCCCCCGAUGGGGAUCAUUCUGGAGCAGGAGGACGACGGUGAUAACGACAGCUUGCCGGAGAUUAAAACGUUGCUGUUUCCGCGGAGGGAUCGGAAACUGUCGGAGAAUUGUCCGUCGCCGCAGCCGAAUGGUCUGCCGAUUAAGCCCACCUUUCCGAGGAUCAACUCGAGCGUCAGCGUUCAGAACGGGAUGGGGCUUGGAAUGAGGACGCGGCCAUCGUUUCCGCGGAUCACGUCCACGGCUAGCAUGAGCUUGGCGUUGAGGAAACGGCGCGAGUCGGUAGUGUCGCAGCUGUCGACGAUGGACUUUACCGGCAGUGGAAGCUGCAUGCACAUUCACGUUGAUACAGGCGACAACGACGCCGAAGACGUCGACUACCAGAUCAUCCGGCGGGUGAACACCCACGUGGGCGUCUCGACGAUGAACUCGUUCGCGCGCGUCCCCAAAACGCCCAAACGCAUCGAAACCGUCAAGUCCGAGCUGGGGCUGGAGAUGGUCAAGCCGAAAGUGUCCUUCCUGCAGCGUUUUACCGCGCUCAUGGACGUGGGCCUGCUGCGGGACAUGAUCUAUCUGAACAUUCUGUUUGGGCUGUCGAUUUUCUACGUCGCGGAGAUGAACUUUAAAAUGGUGACGCCGUUUUUCCUCGCCAGUUUGGGCUUCAACAAGACCGAGGUGGCGUUCUUCCUGUCGGUGUCGGCGCUGACGGAUAUUGCGGCGCGGGUGAUUGUGCCGCCGAUCGGGGACAAGCUGCGCAUUCGGAAGCGGCUGCUGUUUAUGGUGUCGCUGGUGUUUGUGGCCAUCACGCGGUCGAUCGUCGCCGAGCAGCGCACCUACACCGAGCUGAUGGUGUGGCUGUCGAUUACGGGCUUUUUCCGCGGCGUCGCCCUCGCCAACUUUACGCUGUGCGUGUCGGAGUACUCGUCGCUGGAAAAACUCCCGGCGGCCUUCGGGUGGCACAUGGUGGGCAAGGGCGUGUUUGUGAUUCUGUUUGGGCCGCUGAUUGGCGCUAUCCGGGACUGGACCGACAGCUAUCCGAUUUGCAUCCACGUGCAGUCGGUGUGCAUUUUCACGUGCGUUGCGGCGUGGUGCGUCGAGUUUGCGAUCAAACGGCUGCGCACCAAGAAGGUGGUGGAGGCGAACCCGAGUGUGGCUGCUUGAAUGCGGGGAGGUUUAGGUUAGGAUUUUACACAGUACUCAGAAAGUCGCUAUUUUUUUAGAUAUUGUUUGUUUAGUUAAAAGAUGUAGACCAAGAAGAUGCGUAACCGAGAAGAGACAACCGUAGAUUUUAAGAGAGAAAAAAAAAUCCAACUGUCCUGUCCUGUCCCAUCGUAGGUAGUGAAACAUUAUCGUGUAAGCAUGAGACUGCGAUAUACAUUUAAAAUGAUAUUUUUUAAAGAAGCGUUUAGCGUGUAAGUCGACUGUUGUUCGGAGAGUUGCCAGAAGGGGGGAAGUACUUAGAUAGCAACGUUUAUCAGCACAGUAUUAGCGAAAAAAGAAAAACAAAACUAUAAGGAAAGUAUCGAACAAUAAUCUAGGAUUCAAUUACGUUAGAAGCCUUAAACUUCCGUGAUGAGCCUUAUAGAGUUCAUUGCCGAGAGAGCCUAGAUUUCAAGUGUAACAAGGAAGACGUAUUGUUAGCAGUUUAAAGAUUUUAGCGAUUAGUCGAAACGCUUAGAGGGCGCGUUGUUUUAUCCUAGGAACCACUAAAACGUAAUUAUUAAAGGUUAAACUAUCAAAGAAAAGAAAAAAAGCAGGAGAAUCUCGAAGAUUUCUCGUUUGUAACAGAGAAGAGAGAAUGAAAAAGCAAGAAAAUAAAACACCUGAUGGACAAAUAAAAGUGUACACUAAAAUUACAAAAAAA